AUGAAGUUUUUAUUAUUAAUUGUUAUUUCUGUUACAAGUAUUUUAACAUUAUCAAUACCUGUUCGUCGUAAUACAAAAUUCCCAUUAUGUAUACCAGAUACAUGUAUACAGGAAUCUGCUUUAUGCUUUUGUGAUCUAGAAGAUACUCCAAAUGAUCCAUGUCGUAAUUGUCCAGCUGAUUUUAUUGGUCCAGGAAUAUCAUUUGAAAUAGGUCCAAUGAACUUUUUUCCAUUGGGUUUGAGUACACUUAAUUUUACAUCUAUUGGUCGACGUUAA